CUCCCCCCUCCCGGCGGCGGCGGCUCCGGAGCCGGGCGCGGCUGGCGGCGGCCCGAGGCGCGGCCGGGCGGGAUCAUGGCGGACGGCGUGGACCACAUCGACAUCUACGCCGAUGUGGGCGAGGAAUUCAACCAGGAAGCUGAGUAUGGUGGACACGAUCAGAUUGAUUUAUAUGAUGAUGUAAUUUCACCAUCUGCGAAUAAUGGAGAUGCCCCAGAAGAUCGUGAUUACAUGGAUUCUCUCCCGCCAUCUGUUGGGGAUGAUGUAGGUAAAGGAGCUGCACCAAAUGUUGUCUAUACAUAUACUGGAAAAAGAAUUGCCUUGUACAUUGGAAAUCUUACCUGGUGGACAACAGAUGAAGACUUAACUGAAGCAGUUCAUUCACUGGGAGUAAAUGAUAUUUUGGAGAUAAAAUUUUUUGAAAAUCGUGCUAAUGGCCAGUCUAAAGGGUUUGCUCUUGUGGGUGUGGGAUCAGAAGCAUCUUCCAAAAAGUUGAUGGAUUUAUUGCCUAAAAGAGAGUUACAUGGACAGAAUCCUGUUGUGACUCCAUGUAACAAACAAUUUCUGAGUCAGUUUGAAAUGCAGUCAAGGAAAACCACACAAUCUGGCCAGAUGUCUGGGGAAGGUAAAGCUGGUCCUCCAGGAGGAAGCUCACGAGCAGCAUUUCCACCUAGUAAUAGAGGACGAGGUCGUUUUCCAGGUGCCAUUCCAGGUGGAGACAGAUUCCCUGGCCCAGCAGGGCCAGGAGGGCCACCACCACCUUUCCCAGGUAUUGAUAGUCAAGCAACUGUUACAAAUUUUCUAAGCUAUCGGACCCAAAGUGGGACCAUGCAUGUCUUGUCUGGACAAACUCCCCCACGUCCACCUUUAGGUCCUCCUGGCCCACCAGGCCCACCAGGUCCUCCACCUCCUGGUCAGGUCCUCCCACCUCCAUUAGCUGGACCUCCUAAUCGUGGUGACCGUCCACCACCACCAGUUCUGUUUCCAGGACAGCCUUUUGGUCAGCCUCCACUUGGGCCACUUCCUCCAGGCCCUCCACCACCAGUUCCAGGCUAUGGGCCACCACCAGGUCCACCACCACCUCAGCAGGGUCCACCUCCACCUCCGGGUCCAUUUCCCCCUCGUCCACCCGGCCCUCUUGGGCCUCCCCUGACUCUUGCUCCUCCUCCACAUCUCCCUGGGCCACCUCCAGGUGCUCCACCACCUGCACCACAUGUGAAUCCAGCUUUCUUCCCCCCACCUGCCAAUAGUGGCAUACCUACUUCAGACAGCCGUGGCCCACCUCCGACAGAUCCAUAUGGUCGACCUCCACCAUAUGACAGAGGUGACUAUGGGCCACCUGGAAGGCGUUUCACUGGAAAUAACAUGUCCAUAAGAGAAAAAUUACAUAUUCCAUUCUAUGGGAGGCACACGAAAAAUAAUACUCAAAACUCAGGGAGAGAAAUGGAUGCUGCAAGGACACCUCUAAGUGAAGCAGAAUUUGAAGAAAUAAUGAAUAGAAAUAGGGCUAUCUCAAGCAGUGCCAUUUCAAGAGCUGUAUCAGAUGCCAGUGCUGGGGACUAUGGAAGUGCUAUAGAGACCUUGGUAACUGCAAUUUCCUUAAUUAAACAGUCCAAGGUAUCUGCAGAUGAUCGCUGUAAAGUCCUUAUUAGCUCUCUUCAGGACUGCCUUCAUGGAAUUGAGUCUAAGUCUUAUGGUUCUGGAUCCAGAAGACGUGAGCGAUCCAGAGAGAGGGACCACAGUAGGUCACGAGAAAAAAGCAGACGCCACAAAUCGCGUAGUAGAGAUCGUCACGAUGACUACUAUCGGGAAAGAAGCCGUGAAAGAGAGAGACACCGUGAUCGUGACAGAGAUCGCGACAGAGAACGAGACAGAGAGAGGGAGUAUCGUCAUCGUUAAAGAAGCUGAAGGAAGAGGAACAGCGUGCAAGACAAGAUACAUUCUUCAAGGAAAGAUGCUUGUCCAGCAGUUUGCUUCAUGUGAUUGAACUGAGCCUGUAAGGAUUCAUGGAUAAAAUGAACAGGAAUAGAUCUGAAUAAAGCAAAUCUGCAUACAUGGUAACCAGUAGCUCUUUUACUUUUUUAUGUUGCUUAACUGUUUUAUUUGAGGGAAACCUGUGUGAUUUAAACCUUAUAGCUUUUGCAACUUUAUUACUGGUUAUAUACAUUUGGCAAUUAUAAUGUGCAAGCAAUUGGAAAAAGUCGAGUAAAUGCUUGUUUUUAUAGUAGUUUGUUCAUGUUAAACUGUUCAUAUGAUAAUGUCUGUACACAGCACCACUGAUUACAGUAGAUGUAGUGUUGUAAUAAACUGUUUAAUGGGGCUGAUGUGUAAA